AUGGAUAUUAUCAGUCACCCAACACCCCACCAUGUCUUGGUGGAGAAGCCGCUCUACACAACUGCUACAGACUGCAAAAAGGUCAUAGAUGCUGCUGCGAAGAGACCGGACGUUCUAGUACAAGUCGGGUUAGAAUACAGAUACAUGCCGUCUACCGCUAAAUUGAUUGAUUUGGUGAAAGAUGGAGUUUUGGGACGAGUCAAGAUGGUUUCCAUUCGGGAACACAGAUUCCCGUUUCUAGUCAAGGUCAACAAUUGGAAUCGUUACACCGGCGGUACACUAGUGGAAAAAUUCUGCCAUUUUUUUGAUCUAAUGAGGUUAUUUUCCGGUGCCAAUACAGUCCGUGUCAUGCGUCUGGUGGCGUUGACAUAA